UCUUGGUAGGCUAAUGAGUGGCUACAAACAACGAAAUCCAAUUCCAAUUCCAAAUCCAGUUCCAAUUCUGAGGUUGAACAGAGGACCAUACUUUAGUCUUGACUCGAGUUCUAUAUCGGAAACCCAUAAAUACGUUGCCAAUCACAGAAAAAGCAAAGGGUCCAUUUAUUGUUUUCCGCUUAAUUUGUGAUUGCGAUGCUAUAGAAAUAAAUAAAGUGAAUUAAGGAGAGCACAUCAUAGGGAUGGGUCUUGUCGUAACUUAGCAAUGAUAGGUGUGAAUUUUCAGCCGUCCAUUUAUAUAUUUGCAAAAUUUGCUCCGUCUCAAAAUCCAGCAGCAAACUACAACUUCUUCCAUUUUCCAUUGCAAAAGUUACCCGUUUCUAGAAUCGGCUAUGGGUUGGGAUUGGACUUCUCACCUAGCCCAGGCGGCGGCGGUUACUAUAAUAAGCAGAAGAGGAGAAAAUUCAAAGCUGCAUUGGUUAAGGCAAGUCGAAAAGAGUCUCCCUAUGAAGUUUUAGGAGUGUCUUCAUCGGCGACGGCAGACCAAAUCAAAAGGGCCUAUCGCAAACUUGCUCUUAAGUAUCAUCCUGAUGUUAACAAAGAGCCCAAUGCUCAAGAAAAGUUUAUGAGGAUUAAGCAUGCAUACAACACACUAUUGAACUCCAAAACCAGGAAGAGAUAUGAUUCGGGAAGUGACACAACAAGUUCUUCAUAUUAUAGUGGAGCAGGAAAAAAUAGAAGUACUGCAGAUGAAGAAGACUUCUAUGGCUUUGGUAGCUUUUUCACGGAUGUUCAAAUAACAAUAGCGGACUUCUUUAGGGAUGUCCAAGAAGAAUUUCGGAAUUGGGAGGCAACUGUCGCUUCGGAGGGAAAACCAAAGAGUUUGUGGGAAGAAUUGGCGGAAAUCGGAGAAGAAUUUGUUGAGUUCUUAGAGAAGGAGCUUAAUAUAACCGAUGCAGAGGUAGAAGAAGAAAGCAAUGAUGAAAGACCCCAGAAGGGAAAUGCACAAUCUGGAACAAACAGAACUGGUAAUGGAAAAGAAAAUAGGACAGAGAAAGAUAGCAGUAUUGAAGAAAAUAUUGAUGAGAUUGAAGCAACCCUUGCCCAAUUGAAAAAGGAAUUAGGUCUCUAAUGGGAUUGAAUUGAUACUCCCUAAAAAGAAGAGCAACAAUGUAUUGAAGAACAUCUUCUUGAUGUUUUUGGUUGUGUCUGGCGGCAAACUCAAAUGGUUCACCCACUUUGAACAUGUACCAACUGAAAAUCACAAAGGGUGUCCUUUAUUCAUUUCCUUGUACAGCUGCUAUGAUUCACAAAGUUUUUGCAGUAGUCAUGGUGAACUGGCUGCUACAUCUUUUGUUGUUUUAGAUAUAGCUUGUAUCAAAAGGUUUCAUGUGUAUUACUAUUAUAUAGAAAUGGGAGUUGGGGUGUACGGAUAGGGGUACUAUAGGAAUUACUGUUGUUUGUCAUGUGUAUUUGGUAUUUUGCUCUUCAAUUUCAGUCAUUUCAUGAAUUCAUGUUCCUUUUUUAAUGGUGAAACGUGCUAAGCCAACUGGGUUCCCCUUCUGCUUCUACCUUCUUUGUUCAUUUGCAUUCUCCAUCGGUGUUACUGGGUUUGGAGUACCGUUUUCUUUCUGCCAUAUUUCUUUCAUUUGUUUCUUUUUCUCUUCUGUUUCUUCUCUAUUAACUGAUUUUUCUGCGGUUGGUGUUGUUUCUUUCUCGCCUCUGUUUCCUUCUGUUAUCUUCAAUUAGCUUUCUCUUCUGUUUUUUGCCUUUACUUGGAAGAAUUUGCUAGAAGCUGUACAUGCAUGCAAUAAUAUCUGUCUCAUCUGCUCAUGCACAUGGCUUUUCUUCCUUAGAACUAUCUUUUGGGCAAUACAGAGAUGUAUACUUGAGAGAAACUGAUCUUUAGGAACUUUGUCUAGCAUUUGGGAAAACAUCUACUGGCGCCUCCUGUUAAAGAGUUGAUUGGAUUAAUUUCGGCUGGCUUACAAAUCUAAAGGUAUGAUGGCCGCUGCAUUCUUUUUGGGUAUUUUUGUGUCCUUAGGUAAAACUUUAUGUGCCAUAGGUGUUUGUUAAGAUAAAUACAUGUUAUGUUGAAAUGUGAAGUGAGAGCUUUCAAAUAAAAGUCAUGGUUCUACUCCAGGAUAUGAAUUACUUCUUCUUAACUCCCACCAAUCUCUUAUUCUCUUCUUCUCUUCAAAUUGUGAUCAUUUUACUGUAAUUACUUCUUCAGUUCCGAAAAAGUAUUUUAUUAGAUUUUUUGGGACAAAAGGAGAUGGCAGGGAGUGGUCAUUGCUACAGGGGAAUACUACAUUACCUUGAAGUUCUCUUUGCGAGACCAGAAUUUCACAUUGCAUCUAACUGGGGUUUAUGGGCCAUAUACAAGACAUGAGAAAAAAGACUUGUUGCGGGAACUUGCAGUAAUCAGAGGCAUUUGUCCUGGACCCUGGGUUACAUGUGGAGACUUUAAUACAACCAGGUUUGCAUCUGAAAGAACCAGCAGCAGAUGUGGGCUGAUUUUACAAACUGUAUUGAAGAAUUCAAACUCAUUGAUCCUCCUCUGACUGGUGGUAAUUUCACCUGGAUUAAAA